AAGGCGGAAGAAGAGACAAAACAACAACAGCAGCAGCAGCAGUGGCGGCGGCGGCUGCUCUUCGGCUCGGCGACGAUAGUUAACGAAAAGGAGAACAGAGCGAUCAAACGAUCAUCGGUUCGGUAUCACGAGGUGCCGGCGGCUUGUGUUCUGUCAAUUCAGCCGUUAUCGUUCACGUUCACUAACUAAAAUGUCGCUGUUCGGUAAGUUAUUCGGCGGCGGGGGUAAGGGUGGGAAGGCGCCGACACCCCAGGAGGCUAUCCAACGACUCAGAGAGACCGAGGAGAUGUUGGCCAAAAAACAGGAGUUCCUGGAGAAGAAGAUCGACCAGGAGCUGCUGACGGCGAAGAAGAACGGCACGAAAAACAAACGAGCGGCUCUUCAGGCCCUGAAGAGGAAGAAGCGUUAUGAGAAGCAGCUGGCGCAGAUCGACGGGACGUUGUCGACCAUCGAGUUCCAGAGGGAGGCGCUGGAGAACGCCAACACCAACACAGAAGUGCUGAAGAACAUGGGCUACGCCGCCAAGGCCAUGAAGGCGGCGCACGAGAACAUGGACAUCGACAAAGUCGACGAUUUGAUGGCGGACAUCACAGAACAGCAGGAAGUGGCUCAGGAAAUCUCAGAUGUCAUCUCCAGACCUGUGGGCUUUGGAGAAGAUUAUGAUGAGGACGAGCUGAUGGCAGAGCUGGAGGAGCUGGAGCAGGAGGAACUUGACAAGAAUCUCCUGGAGAUUGAAGGAACAGAAGACGUCCCUCUGCCCAGCGUCCCAUCGACAUCACUACCCUCCAGACCAGCCAAGAAGAAGGAGGAGGAGGACGAAGACGACAUGGCGGACCUCGAGGCCUGGGCAGCUAACUAAGCUAGCUCGCCCUGCUAGCUAGCUGGAGCCCCCCUCCUGUCUGUCUCUCUGCUCCCAGACCAGUCGCAGACAUCUGGAGGAGAGACAGAGACUCUGGGCUGCUGAGCUGGCUGCUUCAUGUCCCAACACUCACCUGUCCCCUAAAGUAUGCACCUGUGCCCACGUCUGCUGACUCUAAACCACGCGACCAGGCUUCUCUCUUCUCAUUCACGGUACAGUGAGAAUCUCUUCACUCCGGCUGCACACUCCUCUGUUUCUGAAGGCCGUCGAGAGCAGAGAGCAAACGCCACGCCCUCAUCUACCUGUGGUUGGGUUCAUCGAAGCACGAGUGCAUGAACAGGAGCGUGCACGUGCAUACUUUAAAGGGAUGGUUGUGGUUAUUAGACGUGGGGUGGUGUGAGGUGUCGGUGUGUUACCUGCAGCAGAUUCAGAUCAGCUGCCAGUCAGGAGAGAAACACCUGCUUCAGAAAACAUCCACACAAACAAUCCAACAUCUGUUUAAAUGUAGAUGAAGCUCUUUCUGAUUCACUCAGCUGACCUGCAGCUGCGGCGUGACACGGUGCACGCUGUAGGUGCGCUUAUGCGAAGUACGGAAGAGGAUUAGAGCCACACGUAAAAAAAAAAUUUCUCUCAGACUUUGAGUUUAAUCUAAAAAACAUCAAAAUUUUGAGUUUAAUCUCAGAAAAAAGUUUUUUCCACACGUCCCUGAUCCUCCUCCGUAGCGUAGGGACGCGGAAAAUCUUCUACAUUUAAACAGAUGUUGGAUUGUUUCAGUGGCCGUCUUUUAAAAGUGUCUAAACAGGUGUUUACUGCUGGCCCCGCCCCCAACAGUCCUCCUGCUGCUGCUCUAAACUGAAUCUACUGCAGGAAACACACUGACUGUGCAUGAACACCUCACACAACCCCACAUCUGAUAACUUGGACUGUCCCUUUAAGGGGGGGUGGGGGGGGCAGGGCGGGGUUUGUUACUGGGAGGAAUGUGAAGAAUCAACUGACGUGAGGGAAAGAAAAGCAACAACAGACAGACGAAGUGGUUUGUCUGCUUCCUGCAGUGUCAUUGUCUCUGACAAACGCAGCCGUUAGAAAGUAGGAUUUUUCUCACUGAGACGUCGCUCUCACAUCGAUACACCACCACAUGUUACAGCGGCACAGAAACAUCUGGCAGUGGGAGGGUCCAGGGUCCAGGCUCCAGUCUCCUGCCGCAGUGCCUCUGGGCAGCGUCUUGUUGACUCAUGUAGAGGCCGCCUGGCUCCGAUCACUUCAAUUACUCAAAUGUCACACGAGGAAAGAAUCAACAUUUUUCCAGAAAGCAGCUUCAGCUUGUUGAACAGUCGAACUCUGCUCCUUUAAUCUGAACAAACCCUGAUCCACUCACUGUCUAACAUAUUAUAUCUUAUAUUAUUAUAUGAGUGAAUAUCAGAGUCAGGUAACUGUCCACCAGCCACUGCCUCAUGUACACUAACGUCAGACCUUGACUCGUCUCAGGAGACGGAGAGAGAGAGAAAAACAUUCAACAUUUUGGGCUUAAGACGUAAAAGAAAAGAAUAUUUCACUAAAAAAGAAAAACACGAGACAGCAUUUGUCUUAAAUUUCCUUUUAUCUCUUUGAAAAUAGUGUUGUGACCCUGAGAUUGUCCUUUAGACCCCCUGUGAGGUCAGGAACCGCUGAUCAGUCUCUCUCUGUGUUCUGAGCUCACCUGGUUUGACGGAGGUUUUCACCUGGAUUCAGUCGUUUUCUGAGAUCUGAAGUCAGAGAAGACACAGCUGUAAGAACAAGCUCCAACCUGCAGAAACCGGAGCCAGUAAACUCCCUAUCUGGGGUUAAUUGGAUUUGUAGAAAUGCCAGAACCAAAGCUGCUUUGUAAUAUUGUUAUCAGGGGAGGUCGAAAUCCAAUAUGGCCGCCAGAGGGCACACAACCUCUGUUCCUGUUCUCCUGACUCCUCCCGCUUUAACAGUGACGUCUUCUGAGAAAAUCCUGCAUCAGUUGAAUUUAAAGAUAAAGAGUGUGAGUGUGUGUGAUGUUUAUUAGCCUUCUGACACAGUGACCUCUGACCUCUGAAUAUUUAGUCAAACAGAGACGCUGAGCUGGAGUUUUCUUCUUCUGCUCUCCUCUCACCUGGAACCGAUCCAGUCGACCCAGAAUCAGACUCUGUCUUCACAUAAUAAAUCAGAUCAGUGGAUCCAGCCCCGACCUUAUAUUUAAAGAAACUAUUUGAUUUCCUUUUUUCCUGAUUGACCUUGAACGUCACUCGUGUUCUCUGUGACCAGCUGCUCAGAGAUGUAUGAAGGCUUGGACUGUGGAAGGUUUCCCGUGGGGCGGCCAUGUUGCUCUGUGACUGUUGUCAGUGUGAGCUUGUAAACAGUUUGUCUUAAUAAAGUUGGGAUUGAAUGCAAGAA